GGAGGUUUAGUUUUUGUGCACGAGAUGUACAGGCGGCGGGAAUAUGUGGAACUUUAUGAGAAGGAUCUGGCCAAAUGGGCCCUGCUACGCAACGUCAACACUGUGAUGAAACACAGCACGCUGAUGCCGGGCGACUUUGUCUGGUUGGACUUGAAGACCGGGCGGGAGUUUGAGGUGCCGGUCGGCGCGGUGGUCAAACUCUGUGACUCGGGACAGAUCCAGGUGCAGGAUGACGAAGGAAACGAGCACUGGAUUUCCCCCCAGAAUGCCACCAACAUCAAGCCAAUGCAUCCCACCUCCAUCCACGGUGUGGAGGACAUGAUCCGGCUGGGAGACCUCAACGAAGCCGGUAUCCUACGCAACCUGCUCAUCAGAUACAGAGAGAAGCUCAUAUAUACGUACACCGGCUCCAUCCUGGUGGCCGUCAACCCGUACCAGCUGCUGCCCAUCUACACGGCCGACCAGAUCCGCCUCUACACCAAUAAAAAGAUCGGAGAAAUGCCGCCCCACAUCUUCGCCAUCGCUGACAACUGUUACUUCAACAUGCAGAGGAACAACCGCGACCAGUGCUGCAUCAUCAGUGGGGAAUCUGGAGCCGGUAAGACAGAAAGCACCAAACUGAUCCUCCAGUUCUUGGCAGCCAUCAGCGGUCAACACUCCUGGAUAGAACAACAGGUCCUGGAGGCCAACCCUAUACUAGAAGCCUUUGGCAACGCUAAAACCAUCCGCAACGACAACUCGUCUCGUUUUGGGAAAUACAUUGACAUCCAUUUCAACAAGAGAGGAGCCAUAGAGGGAGCCAAGAUAGAGCAAUACUUGCUGGAGAAAUCCAGAGUCUGUCGACAGGCCCUUGAUGAGAGAAACUACCAUGUCUUCUACUGCAUGCUGAAGGGCAUGACUGCAGAGGAGAAGAAGAAACUGGGUCUGAGCAAAGCCACUGACUACAACUACCUGACCAUAGGUAACUGUACAGUGUGUGAUGGCCGAGACGACAUGAAAGAGUACUCCAACAUCCGCUCAGCUAUGAAGGUCCUGAUGUUCACAGACAAAGAGAACUGGGAGAUUUCCAAACUACUAGCUUCUAUAUUACACAUGGGGAACCUCAGAUAUGAAGCUCGUACCUACGACAACCUGGAUGCCUGUGAGGUCGUCCGCAGCUCUCACCUCACCACUGCUGCUAUGCUGCUGGAGGUAGAUGGCAAGGACCUAAUGAACUGUCUGACCAGCCGAACUCUGAUCACCAGAGGAGAGACCGUCUCCACCCCACUAAGCAUGGAACAAGCUCUGGAUGUACGGGACGCUUUUGUUAAGGGAAUUUACGGACGCUUGUUUGUGUGGAUCGUGGAGAAGAUCAACGCGGCCAUUUACAAGCCGACGUCCUCACAGCCCAAAGCUCUGAGACGCUCCAUCGGACUGCUGGACAUCUUUGGCUUUGAGAACUUCACUGUGAAUAGCUUUGAGCAGCUGUGCAUCAACUUCGCCAACGAGAACUUGCAGCAGUUCUUUGUCCGGCACGUCUUCAAACUGGAGCAGGAGGAGUACAACCUGGAGAACAUCAACUGGCAGCACAUCGAGUUCACCGAUAACCAGGACGCCCUGGAUAUGAUCGCCAUCAAACCCAUGAACAUCAUCUCGCUCAUCGACGAGGAGAGCCGCUUCCCCAAGGGCACAGACACCACCAUGCUGAACAAGCUGAACUUUCAGCACAAGCUCAACACGUACUACAUCCCUCCAAAGAACAACCACGAGACCCAGUUUGGCAUCCAACACUUUGCUGGAGUGGUCUACUACGAAACGAAGGGCUUCCUGGAGAAGAACAGAGACACUUUAUACGGUGACAUCAUCCAGCUGGUUCACUCCUCCAAGAACAAGUUCAUUAAACAGAUCUUCCAGGCCGAUGUUGCUAUGGGGGCAGAGACCAGGAAGCGCUCGCCCACCCUGAGCAGUCAGUUUAAGAGAUCUCUGGAGCUGCUAAUGAGAACUCUGAGCGUCUGUCAGCCCUUUUUCGUUCGCUGCAUCAAACCCAACGAGAACAAGAAACCCAUGUUGUUUGACAGGGAGCUGUGCGUGCGUCAGCUGAGGUACUCGGGCAUGAUGGAGACCAUUCGCAUCCGCCGCGCCGGAUACCCCAUCCGCUACACCUUCGUGGAAUUUGUCGACCGCUACCGGGUGCUCAUGCCUGGAGUCAAACCUGCUUACAAACAGGAGGACCUGAGGGGAACCUGCCAGAGGAUUGCCGAGGCCGUGCUGGGCAGAGACGAUGAUUGGAAGAUGGGAAAGACCAAGAUCUUCCUCAAGGAUCACCAUGACAUGCUGCUGGAGAUCGAGAGAGACAAGGCCAUCACAGACAAGGUCAUCCUCAUCCAGAAGGUGGUUCGAGGUUUCAAGGACAGAUCGAACUUUCUGAAGAUGAGGAAGUCGGCGGUGUUCAUCCAGAAGACGUGGAGAGGGUACCACUGUAGAAAGAACUACGGAGCUAUGCGAGCAGGCUUCUCUCGCCUGCAGGCUUUGGUUCGUUCCAGGAAGCUGUGUGCGUCGUACAACGUAGCCCGUCAGCGAAUCACGGGCUUCCAGGGCCGCUGUCGGGGCUUCUUGGUGCGCCGGGCGUUCAGACACCGGCUGUGGGCCGUCAUCACCGUGCAGGCCUACACCAGAGGCAUGAUCGCCCGCCGGCUGUACAACCGGCUGAAGGGAGAGUAUCGCAGGAGGCUGGAGGCAGAGAAGAUGCGUCUGGCUGAAGAGACCAAACUGAGGAAUCAGAUGUCUGCAAAGCGGGCGAAGGCCGAGGCUGAGCGCAAACACCAGGAGCGUCUGGCCCAGCUGGCCAAAGAAGACGCCGAGCGGGAGAAGAAGGAGAAGGAGGAGGUGCGGAGAAAGAAGGAGAUGGUGGAGCAGACGGAGAAGGCCCGCUUGGAACCCGUCAACGACUCUGACAUGGUGGACAAAAUGUUUGGCUUCCUCGGGACGACGGUCUCUUUCCCGGGCCAGGAGGGGCAGGCCCCCACCGGCUUUGAGGACCUGGAGCGCUCCCACCGGGAGCUGGAAGAGGAGGAUCUGGACGAGGCUCUUCCACUGCCGGAGGACGACGAAGAGGAAGAUCUCUCGGAGUACAAGUUUGCCAAGUACGCCGCCACCUACUUCCAGGGCACCACAACGCACACGUACGUCCGACGGCCCCUCAAACAGCCGCUGCUGUUCCACGACGACGAGGGGGACCAGCUGGCUGCGCUGGCGGUCUGGAUCACGGUGCUGAGGUUCAUGGGGGAUCUGCCGGAGCCCAAGUACCACACGGCCAUCAGCGACGGGAGCGAGAAGAUUCCCGUCAUGACAAAAAUCUACGAGACGCUGGGGAAGAAGACGUACAAGAGAGAGCUGCAGGCGCUGCAGGGGGAGGGGGAGACGCCUCCCACUGACAACCACAAGAAGAACAGCGUCAGACACAAACUGGUGUCCCUCACCCUGAAAAAGAAAUCCAAGAUCACUGAAGAGGUCACCAAGCGUCUUAAUGAUGGUGAACCUGGUCUCCACGGUAACAGCAUGCUGGAGGACCGGCCAACAUCCAAUCUGGAGAAACUUCACUUUAUCAUCGGCAACGGGAUCUUGAGACCAGGACUAAGGGAUGAGAUCUACUGUCAGAUCUGCAAGCAGCUGAGUCAGAACCCGUCCAAGAGUUCUCACGCUCGCGGCUGGAUCCUCAUCUCCUUGUGUGUCGGCUGCUUCGCCCCUUCAGACAAGUUUGUCAAGUAUCUGAGGAACUUCAUCAACAGCGGGCCGCCGGGUUACGCUCCGUACUGUGAGGAGAGACUGAGACGCACGUUUGUUAACGGGACGAGAACACAACCUCCAUCCUGGCUGGAGCUGCAGGCAACCAAGUCAAAGAAGCCCAUCAUGCUGCCGGUCACAUUCAUGGACGGCACCACCAAAACACUGCUGACGGACUCCGCCACCACAGCCAAGGAGCUCUGCAACGCCCUGUCCGACAAAAUCAACCUGCGGGACCGCUUCGGAUUCUCACUCUACAUCGCACUGUUUGACAAGGUCUCGUCGCUGGGCAGUGGGAACGACCACGUGAUGGACGCUGUGUCGCAGUGCGAGCAGUAUGCGAAGGAGCAGGGAGCCCAGGAGAGGAACGCCCCCUGGAGGCUGUUCUUCAGGAAGGAGAUCUUCACGCCAUGGCACUCGCCCACCGAGGACCAGGUCGCCACCAGCCUCAUCUACCAACAGACCGUCAGGGGCGUCAAGUUCGGGGAGUACCGCUGCGACAGGGACGACUUGGCAGAACUGGCCUCUCAGCAGUAUUACGUGGACUACGGUUCUGAGAUCCUUCUGGAGCGCCUGCUGAGCCUCAUCCCCUCCUACAUCCCCGACAGAGAGAUCAGCAGCUCCAGGACGGUGGAGAAGUGGUCUCAUUUCAUCAUGGCUGCACACAAAAAGGGCAUCUACGCCCAGAAGAGAUUCGACCCUCAGAAGGUGAAGGAGGAAGUGGUGGACUUCGCUCGCCACAAGUGGCCUCUGCUUUUCUCUCGUUUCUACGAAGCCUUCAAGUUCUCAGGUCCCAGUCUGCCUAAAAAUGACCUGAUCGUUGCCGUCAACUGGACCGGGGUUUACUUUGUGGACGAGCAGGAGCAGGUCCUCCUCGAGCUCUCCUUCCCAGAGAUCACUGCUGUUUCCAGCAGCAGAGGAGGAAAGUUACAGAGUCAGAGUUUCACUUUGGCGACCAUCAAAGGAGACGAGUACACCUUCACCUCCAACAACGCGGAGGACAUCCGCGACCUGGUGGUGACCUUCCUGGAAGGCCUGAGGAAGAGGUCGAAGUUUGUGGUCGCGCUGCAGGACAACCCCAACCCCACUGGGGAGGAGUCGACGUUCCUGAGCUUCAUGAAGGGAGACCUGAUCCUGUUGGACCAGGACACCGGCGAGCAGGUGCUCAACUCCGGCUGGGCGCACGGUAUCAACGAGCGGACCAAUCAGAGGGGGGAUUUCCCCGCUGACUGCGUCUAUGUCCUGCCCUCAGUGACUCGACCUCAGCAAGAAAUACUGGCGCUGGUUACCAUGACGCCUGACCAGCGGCAGGAGUCUGUUCGUGUUUCGCAACUCGUCCUGCCGGAGAGUGACGACAGGAUGAAAGCCUACACGCUGGAGGAGUUCUCCUACGACUACUUCAGGCCUCCUCCCAAACACACCCUGAGCAGAGUGAUGGUCACUAAGAAUCGUGGGAAGGACAAGAUGUGGAGCUGCACCAGAGAGCCGCUGAAGCAGCCGCUGCUUAAGAAGGUCGUCAACCACGAGGAGCUGGCUCAGGACGCCUGCAUGUCCUUUAUAGCUAUGAUGAAGUACAUGGGCGACUACCCGUCCAAGCGAACGCGCUCCGUCAACGAGUUGACAGACCAGAUCUUUGAAGGAGCGCUGAAGGCGGAGCCUCUGAAAGACGAGAUCUACUGUCAGACCAUCAAGCAGCUCACUGACAACCACGUCAAGUACAGUGAGGAGAAAGGCUGGGAGCUGCUGUGGUUGUGCACCGGUCUGUUUCCUCCCAGUAACGUGCUUCUGCCACACAUCCAGCGCUUCCUCCAGUCCAAGAAACACCACCCCCUCUCUGGAGACUGCAUGCAGAGGCUGCACAAGGCGCUGCGUAACGGAUCCAGGAAGUACCCCCCUCAUCUGGUGGAAGUAGAAGCGAUCCAACACAAGACAACACAGAUCUUCCACAAAGUAUAUUUCCCCGACGAUACAGACGAGGCGUUUGAGGUGGAGUCCGGCACCAAAGCGAAGGAUUUCUGCCAGAACAUCUCAACCAGACUGCUGCUCAAAUCCCCUGAAGGCUUCAGCCUCUUCGUUAAGAUCUCAGACAAGGUCGGAAGUCAACAAGUGUUCAUCAGAAAGUGCUAAUUUAAUAUCAAUGUAGUUUCAUGAGGCUAUUUAGGUUUUUGGCAAAGUGGAGAUAUGAAAAUGUGUGUGUGUGUGUGUGUGUGUGUGUGUGUGUGUGUG